UUAUUAUUCAAAGCACGCACUCCACAGAAGGAGGACAAAGUCUCGCUUCUUUCGCUCUGCAAUUUGCCAACCAACCUCAAACGCUCUCCAAAUGGCUUUCAAGCUCGUUGCUCUGGUUUCCUGCUGCCUGGCAGCCGUGUCAGCUGGACUUAUCCCUGUGGAGCAGCACGAGCAGCAUCCCCAGCUAUACCAGGUCCAGCAGCCCCAGCAUGUGAUUUACCAAAAGCAGCACGAGAUCCAUCCCCACGGCCAUGAGGUGUAUCCCGAUGAUCCUCAUCCCAAGUACAACUUUGCCUACGAUGUGCAGGAUGCGCUGUCCGGGGACUCGAAGAGCCAAGUGGAGUCCAGGGAUGGGGAUGUGGUGCAGGGCGAGUACUCCCUGGAUGAUGCCGAUGGUUUCCGUCGCACAGUGAAGUACACCGCCGAUUCCGUCAAUGGAUUUAAUGCCGUCGUGCACCGCGAACCACUGGCCCAUGUGCACCACAAGGUGGUGGCUGCUGCUCCUGUUCAGUACCACCACGCCCCUGCCGCCCCCGCUGCCGUUAUCAAGAGCUAUGCCUCCCCUGCCCAGGCCUAUGUCGCUCCCACCUACGCAGCCCCUGCCUACACCGCCCCCACCUACGGCACCCAACACGGUGAGCAUCCCCAGGAGCAGGAGCAGGAGCACCAGCAGCACCACUAUGCCAGCUACGAGUCCCCCGCCCACUCCCAGGCCGCCCACGAAGGCCACGAGUACUACCACCACCAGUAGGGAGUUUCCAGCCACAGAUCAGAUCACCUGACAAGCGAAAGUAUUAUCAUGGACCCCAUUAUGAGAACUCAUUUAGCUCAUUAACCUAGUUCUGUUGAUU